CUCCGGUGACUUAAGUCAGUAAAAUAAAAAGACUGAUAUUUAAUAGUUGUUUUGUAUUAAAAAAAAAAAAUCUUUUUUUUACAGGUCAGCCUACGGACUAUUGGCAGUAAUUUAAAAAUGAUUAAAAAAUUAGUGAUUUUCAUUUUAGUUAAAUGUAUAAGUGGAUUAACAGGUCGAGAAUCGUAUCCAGGAAGGACAGAUCUAUUCGAACUUUCUAUUGUUCAUAUCAAUGAUUUUCAUGCUAGAUUUGAAGAAGUGAGUCCAACUGCAAGUGCAUGCCAACGAAAAGAAGGGGCAAUUUGCAUUGGCGGAUUGCCACGAGUAUUCACAGCGGCUAAACAAUUACUAAAAGAACGACCGAAUGCUAUUCUUUUGAAUGCCGGUGAUCAUUAUCAAGGUACUCUUUGGUACAAUUUACAUCGUUGGAAUGCUACUGUCACUUUUUUUAACAUGGUUCCAUGGGAUGUGUUGACUAUAGGAAAUCAUGAAUUUGAUGACGGUAUCGCUGGCUUAGUACCAUUUUUAAAAAAUAUUAAAUCGCCGGUCGUUAUCACUAAUAUUGAUAUGAGUAAAGAGCCGACAAUGCAGAAUUUGACAACAAAUAGUACAAUUAUUUAUCGUAAUGGUAAAAAAAUUGGUGUAAUUGGAGCCAUUAUCAAAACCGCAACCGAACUAUCAAAAACAGAAAAAUUAAAAUUUCUAGACGAAAUCGAAACAAUAAAUUUAGAAGCUCAAAAAUUAAAAAACAAUGAAAAUGUUGACAUAAUAAUAGUACUGAGUCAUUGCGGGCUGCCUGUUGAUAGAAAAAUCGCAGCUAAUUGUCCCCUUGUUGAUGUAAUUGUCGGUGGACAUUCUCAUACAUUUCUAUAUUCAGGUAAACCACCAUUCAUAGACAAGCCAGAAGAUGAAUACCCAGUAGUAGUAAAACAGAAAUCAAAUCGUACCGUUCUUAUCGUUCAAGCAGCAGCAUUUACCAAAUACUUGGGGAAUUUAACCGUCUGGUUCAAUGAACAAGGUGAGGUAGAAGCCUGGGAAGGGAACCCCAUCUUACUGGACGAAACGAUUGAACAGGAUCCAGAAAUGUUGAGAGCAUUGGAACCCUGGAAGAAGCAAGUAGACGCACUGGGUGGCAAAGUAAUUGGCAGCACGCGAGUUAAAAUGCCCAAAAGCUGUCGUGUAGGUGAAUGCAACAUGGGCAACAUGAUAACUGACGCCAUGAUUGAGUCAUUUGUUGAUCAAGCUGAAGACGAAAGCUACUGGACCUACGCAUCAAUAGCCGUGACAAAUGGUGGUGGCAUUCGCAGUCCCAUUGAUUCGGCAUCUGGGGACAUCACAUUCGCUGAUCUGGUAAUGGUCCAACCGUUUGAAAACAAUUGGGACGUUGUUGAGAUGCUUGGUAGCGACAUUAGGCAGACUCUAGAAGUUUGCGUUGCGCGGAGCAAACCAGGACGCUGGGAGGGUUAUUCAUUUCUAGUUUGGUCAGGGUUGCGGGUAUUUUACAACAUGUCCCAACCUGCUUACUCACGGGUCGCUAAGGUGACCGUUCAAUGCCGUCAAUGCGACAUUCCCGUCUACGAAAAUCUUGUUGACCAUCAGUGGUACCGAAUAGUUGUGCCGACAUUCCUUCUAAGAAGUGGAGAUGGACACGCAAUCAUCGCAACUAGGCAUCGUAAUCACGUUGUAGGAGGACGCGAUAUUGAUUAUCUUGUCAAUUAUGUCCAGAAAAUGAGCCCUCUAAUUCAUGGACUGGAAGGAAGGAUUAUUUUUUUGUGACUGCCACUAUUACUAUUAAUUAUAAUUGAAA